AUUCCUGGUUGUUAUAAUACAUACCUAGCCACUGCCAUUAUCACUCGCCGUCUCCCCGCCCUAUCCGCCCUCGUUUGCGGUGCCUAAUUUUUACAAUUCCUCCCCAUUGACCUCUAGCUUCAAUUGCAGCUUCGCUCCAUCAAAUAUAGCGUUCAGACCUAUAGUGUUCAGACCGUCACUAUGAAGAACAUCGCGAACUUGGCGACGAGCUCGCUGCUCGCCUCCGUCGCUUCUGCCCAGGUCGUCCAAUGGGAUAUACAACGGAGAGAAAACCCGAAGCCCAGGCUUAGCAAACGUGCAGAUAACUCGGUAGAAGAGAUUAUUACAAACGAGAGGAUGCGUGGCGGCUAUUUCGCAUCUUGCACAGUGGGAACUCCUGCUCAGGAGUUGACCCUUCAGUUGGAUACUGGAUCUAGUGAUAUUUGGGUGCCUGCGAGCGAGGCUAGCAUAUGCGAAGAUUCAUCUCAGGGAGGUGGUUGCACUUUCGGUUCUUACGACUACGAGAAGUCCAGCACUCUCGACGUACUCAACAAUGAUUUCCAGAUUGCUUAUGUAGACGGCAGCGGUUCGCGAGGCGAUUAUAUUAGCGAGACCUUCGGGAUCGGUAACAUCAAACUACAGAAUGUGACCAUGGGUCUAGGUCUGGACACAGACAUUGCUUACGGUCUUGUUGGUGUUGGCUAUGCCCUUAAUGAGGCGUCUGUCUCACAAACACGGCAAAUUUACGACAAUCUACCUGUUGUGAUGCGCAACGAAGGUCACAUCAAGUCCACUGCUUAUAGUCUUUGGUUGAACGACUUAGAUGCCAGCAAAGGCAAUAUUCUAUUUGGUGGCAUCGACACCGAAAAAUACACUGGAAACCUUAUCCGUGUCAAUAUCGACCAGGACCAGAGAGUCCAGAAUUACACUUCGUUUCAGGUUAGAUUAACGUCGUUAGAAGCUCAUUCCUCGUCUGGUGAAGAUGCCCUUUCGUCGAGCAACUUCCCUAUUCCCGUCGUACUCGAUUCCGGCACUACAUUCAGCUACCUUCCGCAAGAUAUCGUGGAGCAGAUUUGGACGGAAGUUGGAGCGGAAUAUACUAUUGUCUCUAACGACGGCUCGGGAGUGCCUCUCCUUCCUUGUGAUUUCGGCAAUAGCGGCAAUUAUUUCUCGUUUGGCUUCGGUGGAAAUGGUGGUCCCGUCAUCAAGGUUGGAAUGGAUGAGCUGGUUAUCCCCGUCCAAGGCAAAUUCACCAGUGGUCAAUACGCAGGAAAAGAUGCCUGCCAAUUCGGCAUCCAGAACAUGAGCAGCGACCCCUUCUUGCUUGGGGAUACGUUCCUUCGAUCGGCAUAUGUGGUGUAUGACCUCGAAAACAACGAGAUUGCUAUGGCGCCUACAGACUUCAAUUCCACAAAAUCGAAUAUCGUCGCGUUCCCAAGCCAGGGUGCUGAGAUCCCGUCAUCCACACCAGCGCCAAGCCAGGGUGCCACCAAUUCAGGGCCGAACAAUGACCCAGAUUACAGUGCUGGAAGGGGAUUUCAGAGUGGUGGUGGCGGCAGUGGCAGCAGUGGUGGCAGUAGCGGAGACGACGAUAGCGCAGCAUCACUUCCUCCUGCUCUUGACCUCACUCAGUUCAUUGUCAUGGGUGCCAGCAUGGGCUUGAUGCUGUUUGGCGGUGGCAUGUUUCUCUUGUUUUAGAUGCAUCGCACAAGUAACUGCAUUUUCUUGGGCAUAAGGCGUACAUACGGAUGGGUUGAGAAUGACAGGGUUAGGGGCCAGU